GAAAUGUACCUUGACAAAAUGUGAAAAAGGUGAAUACUUUUGCAAGGCACUGAAUCUUUGUUUCCCAGGUAAUGAAAUAUGCAGAAACCCCAAAUGAGACAAAGCUCAGAUCAUUUGCAGUAAAUGCAACAUUAGUUCACCAAAGGUACUGUAUUAUUUCUAUUUUGUUCUCUUAUAAUAAAAAGACUUAACAUAUUGGCACUUCAACUGACAUUUUGCAUCCGUUUGCACACAGAAGUUGUGUAUGCCUGGAGGAACAGGCUGAUCUGUCUUUCAGUGUGCUGUAACCAUAACUGUACAAAUACACUGAGCCAGCUCACCCUUCAGGCAGUCUGUGUUGAGUGACAGGCCAAGUAGUGAUUUGCAUGGCUCCGGUGUUUAAAAGAAGCUGCAGGUGCAGGAUUCCCCUCACAGAGGGGUGGAUUUUGUUCAGCACUCAUGAGGACCUUUCAUGCUGCUUAAAUACAUGUGAUCAAGUAGCUAUUCAGAAAGACUUCAAUUUUUAACUGAUUCUUUCUUACUGGGAUCAAGAUAAAUGAUGCAAGCUUUUCUUUCAUGAAUCAUCAUUCAAGCUAAAGUCCAAAGGAAAAGGAACGGACUGAAAAUUACCUUGGACAUGGAGACAUUCUUAUUAGCUAGCAACUGAAGCAUACCACCUUUCAUAAUGUCAAUGCAGAUAUUUAUACUGCUCCUUCUCUGGGCUUCCAGGGUCACAGAGACAACGACAGGCACAUGGAGACAGUGCACAGAGUUGCUUCCUUUGGAUCUUCUGUCUUUUGUUCUUGAGAGGGACACCUCCAGAGUUGUCCCAGGGGUCCGUGUGAAGGAGUUGGCUGGGGUGAGGGGGGUCCAGUUUCUCAGCCCGGAUACAUCUAUGAGCUUCCCUGCUUCCCAGUUCCUGGUAAACUGUGACCUUUUUCCCAAUGAAUUCUCCCUUGUUGUUACAGUAAAAGUAAAUCCCAUUUCACCCAAGAGAGAUGAGUAUAUAUUUUCUCUGAUGGGACCAAAAAAUGUGGAGAGGAGUGCACUGAAAGAGAAGGAAGAAGUACUGGGAACGAAAAAUCUGGGGUUUAUUUCAGAAGAUGAGCAGCAGUUACAGAAGAAGGAAACUAAGAGUGAUGCGAAACCUGGAGGGAUCAUCCUCGGACUGAAAUUAUCCCAAAAUGGCCUGAACUUUGUUUUUAAAAGUAAUGGAAAAGCAGCAGAGCACCAGAGCUUUCACAACAUCCAUCUAAGUCCUAACCAGUGGCACACACUGGUUUUAGUUAUCGGCAUUCACCACAUGAAGCUGACAGUGGACUGCAGCUCACCACUGGAAAUUGCUCCCCCCAGGGCUUUCCCUUCAGAUCUCAACAUUCAGGGAUCCAGAUUCCACAUCGGCAGUCGGGGGAGAUGGAAAGGCUUGUUUUCAGGCCUGAUGCGACAACUUGUUCUUGUGCCAAACUCAGACGCCUCCCAUCAGGUCUGCCCGUCUUCUGACCCCCAGCUUGCAGCUUUGUCAGUUCCACCUCUGCUCUUAGACCUGCCUGUCAGAAGGCAAAAUGACAGACAUGCCACUUCCUCUGAAACUGCAGGAACAAUGUCGGUGGGAUUGGAGAGGCCAUGUUCUGAGCAGCUGCAACACCAGCUAUGGUUUAAUCCUCUCAAAAAGGGCCUCUACGUCUGUGACGGAUCGGCGUGGAUCACUGUGUGGGAGGACCAUAAAAGACUGGACUAUGUUUCGGAACAUCAGGUCCUUAUCACCAGCUCAGAGACACAUGAUGUAGAGGUGUUUCAGAUACAAGACGUGGGUCUCAUGGCUGCUAUGGCUCACAGAGCCUCUGGUUCAGCUGUGUAUCUUUGGACCCACUUGGGUUUCCAGCUCUACCAGAACAUCAGCACUCAUGGAGCUCUGGCUUGGAAACAUUUUCAAAUAGGAAAGAAGGCAUAUCUUGUAGUAUCUAAUUCUGGGACUGGAACAAACAAGUCUUUAGACAAAGACCCUGAAACUGACUUUUCUGUAAUUUAUAAAUGGAGCAAAAGAAGAAAACGAUUUGUGAGGUUCCAGACUCUGCAGACCUACUGCGCUCGAGACUGGGAGGCUUUUAACAUUAACGAACAGACUUAUCUUGCUGUGGCCAAUCACAGAAUGGGAAACAGUAAUCACACCAUAAACAGUGUGAUCUACAAGUGGAACAGAUCAACAAAGUCUUUUGAGGUCCACCAGACACUGAUCACUUCGGGGGCCUAUGACUGGGAGUUCUUCAAAGUUGGACCGUACCAUUUCCUGGUGGUUGCAAAUGCUUUUGACGGUGUGACCACCUCUGUUGACUCUGUCAUCUACAUUUGGAUCGAUGGAAGAUUUCAAGUGUUCCAGACAAUUAAGACAUUCUGCGCCACAGACUGGGAAAUGUUCCAGAUUGGCAGCAGAGUAUUCCUGGCUGUGGCCAAUGGAUACAGACUCCAGGGUAAUGGAUCAAGUCAGUAUACCAUCAACUCAACUAUCUAUGAGCUGGACAUGAGCGCACAGCUGUUUGUUCGCUUCCAGGAUAUUGUUACCUACAGUGCUGUGGAUUGGGAGUUCUUCAGCCUCAGGGAAGAAUAUUUCUUGGUUGUUGCAAACUCCUAUAACGGAGAAUCCUACUCUCUCAACAGCAUUCUUUACAGGUGGCAGGGAUAUGAAGGAUUUGUUCCUGUUCAUUGGCUCCCAACGAUUGGUUGCAGUGACUGGGAGUUUUUCACCUCUAAAGGAAAAUCAUAUCUGAUCUACUCCAGUGCCAAAGCACCUCUUUCCAAAGUUUUCAAGCUCAAAACCUACUAGAAGAAAGAGCGUGCACAUGGCUUUUAUGUUUUCAAUUUGUGUGUGAUACAUUAAGUUCCUGUGAAUAUUUUUAUUUCUUUGUAUACCUAAAGUGUUAGGACAUAAUUUAACUGUAAAAUAAUGUUUAAUAAAAUUUAUGAAAGAAAACUUUACCUAUGCUUUAGCCAGUAUAAUUUCAUGCAGUACCUCUACUACUAGCAACUGCAUGCUAUCCUCUUUUAACACAGUCAUGAUGUGGAUUUUGUUUGUGUGAAUAUCCUGAGAGAAAUAAAUACAACUCCAGACCCCAAAA